AUGGACUCCAGGCUUUCACAGUUCUCGGAGGAUGGUCUCACGCGGUCCGUGUCCGCACCAUGCUUAGGGCUAAGUGGCGGGGCGGCAGCUGCGGGCCUAGACGCUCCGCUUGGGCAUUUCAAGCUUCCUUUCCAACGCCUCCCUCGCGAGGGGCCGCAGCCAGGGGGCGGCCGCCUCCGGCGCCUUUCCUCGGAUCCGGUGCUGGAGCACUUCCGUGCUGCAAGCGAAAGCAACGGCACGCACUUCGGCACACAUGGUCCUUUCGAAUGCUCCCACCUCGCUCGCCCGCAUACAGUGCCCAGCUGGCUCUCUUCAGAAAAGGUAUCCGACUCGGAGAUAUGGGAGCCGCGAAACUGGGGGUCGAGCGAGAAGCAGCAGCAGGCAAAGCGCGGCUUGUUGGCCAGAAGGAAGAAGACACAGGCACUGCGUGAACGUGACCAGAGACGCAUCCAGUUUAUGGUCGACCGCCGCAAGGAUGAGCGGGAGGAACGCUUGAAGCGGCUGGUGCAGGCCAGUGGGAAGAAAAGAUCCGAGAUUACCAUAGUCAUGACAAAGAAUGGCCCCGACUACGAGGCUGCCGUGCAGCUCAGCGAAUUCCGAGAUCAGGAGGAAGCCAAAGUUCGAGCCCAUUAUCUGGACUGGGACCGGCACAUCUAUAAUCCAAUUGCAACCCAGGCUUUCCGACAUCUCAAUCCUCGGGUGGAGAAGCGCGUGUGCUUCAACCUGGAUUCGCCGUUGAAACUUGCAGUGGAUGCUUCCAAGGAUCCUGCGAAGCGACAGCUGCUGCAGAACCAUCGCGAACGGAGCUUCCAGAAGGAGUGUCACGAGCUUCUGAGUUCUGCGCCCGUCCUUCCGGACCCCGUGGAUGAGAGGCGAGCAUUGGGUUCCGACUGUUUGCCCAAGUCCGUCAGCCGAGCCAUCUUGGAGCCUGACGUCUGGGGGCACUAUGCCACUUCGGUCUUUGGCCACUUUAUCGAGACCUGUGAUCCCCGAGGAACCUGCAGGAGAAUGAGAUUCGGUGGGCCGAACCAGCACAUUCCCGAUGAGACAGAUUGUGCCGCCGCAGGCACCCGCGUCAGUCGCACUCGUGGCUUCGGAGACAAAGGCGUGCUUCGGGAUGAGGUCGCCAUGGGUGAGACCCGCGAUUUCCGAGAUGGCAGUGGUGCUGGCAGUGCUGCCCCAGCCCAGGACCACUUUGGCUUCCAGAGUGGGAAGGAGAUUGUCGACUUGGAGUUCCCACCAGGACAGCGCAUUGCAAACAUCGCAAUGGGCCGAGGUCGUGGGCAAGACGCCCAUAAGUUGAUCGUUCAUCUGGAAUCAGUACAUUCAGCUGUGAUUCUGAAAUGGGCCUUGCAGGGUGAUGCAAGGCCGCAGGAGGACCUUGAAUCAUACAGCUGGCUUAGUGUUAGUGGCAAGCGCUUGCGAACUGCUCCGGAAACGCUUCAUCUCUCGACAAACCCUCUCGAUUACUGGGUCCAGGAAGUGCGAUCCAAGCAGCUCAACGAGCUAACGGACGGACGCUGGAGCUACGACUUGGAGGCAGAUCGCUUUCAGCCAAAGGGCGCGUUUGAGUGCCCCAGCGACUCGCGCAUCCAAGUGGGCUUCAGCGGUCCUGUGGUCCUGGAAAGGUUCCUGAAAGAGCCAUCCAUGCUGCAGUUGUGGAAUGGCACCUCUGGAGUUGGGAUUCCUGUCAGUGAGAUUGCGCCCUGUGCCGGCGAGGCACCAAAGCCUUUAUUCCUGGAGCUCGGCGAGCCACCCGCAACCUUCGAGUUGCGCUGUUUGGAAUUCAGCCUCCCGGUGAGGCUCUCUACAGGUGGAGCCUACACGGUGAACAUGAAGCCAGGUUCCAGGUACCAUCCCUUUAGUGGACCAGUCCGUCAAGGUGACCAUGGCCUAAAGCUGACGGGCCCUCGACCUUUCCUGUUCAAUUUUUUACCGCAGCGUUGCAGAGACGUUUUUUUCCGACUGUACUUGAGACACGGUUUGAAGGCCGAUGCUCUGCACAGACUUCACACCGCCAUCUCCGUCACCGCUGCAGAUGGAGAGGUGAUGCAGCAUCGCCUUGAGGUAGCGAAGAAGGCCACGCUCGAAAUGAAGGUUUUAGACCUGCAGCCAGGGCGCGAGUACAAAGUUCGUGUUCGACCUUCUGUCGAUGUGCUCGACGGCCUCGGUCAGCCAUUGCAGGGCUCGGAGGUAACGCUGAAGAUGGCGCAGCUUCCAGGCUUGUUCCUGACGCCAGAGUCGCGGAAUCCGGGCCUGUGGUCUUCGAGCGUCGCUGAUCGGUUUCUGCCGUCCGAUCUGCCGGAGUUCUUCCCCCUUCUUGCACGGCGUCAUCCACCGAAGCAGCUUGGCAAUGUCGAGCCAACCUCAUCCAUGCAGGCAUUUGCAUGCCCGAUUUCCUCAGCGGAAGAGCUGAGGGACUUUCUCACCUUCUACUUCUCGCCAGAAAAGGCAGCGUCGUCCAAGCAUGGCCCCUGUGCUGCCAAAGCUGCAGACCGUCCGGGUGUCCUUCUGGCCAGUGGCAAGGAUGUCCAGUUCAACCAGAUACCUGUGGAGUUCAUGCGCUCAAGGCUGCUCUUCCUCGAAUUGGUCUGCAUGGGGCAAGAUGCAGACAUGAGACAGUGUGGGAUGCGCAGUCCUGGAAACACAGCGCGUUUCCUAAAUGCGGCAUCAUUCGAGGUCACGGUGGCAUUUGCUAGCCCACGAGAGGCACCCUAUGCCAGCGAGGAGCCUCAUGCGCUGAUCCUGACAGCGGUGCACGACCUGAACGAUGCAAGCCCAAGACCGGGCUUGGAGGUGACGGUCUGGGAAAUACCCAGCACGCGCUGGAUGAACGGUCAGAGUGUCCAGCCGCCUGUCAAAAGGAUCGCGACGGAGGUGACGGAUGCGCAUGGCCGCUCGGCCACUUCGCUGCCACAGGAGAUGCGGCAGCCCCAUGAAUAUGGCGGCAAGAAGGGCUAUGUCGUCUCUGUUCAAGACCCCAAGAGUGGCGAGAUUCUCCUCUCUGACUUGCUACGCCUCGGGAGGAUGCCACCGCAAGUCGAAUCCCCCAGUGCAGCAUUCGCCGGUGCUCUCCGAGUUUCGAUUGCUACAGACCGGGCUGUGUAUGCGCCUGGAGAUUCCUUGGCGGUGCUUGGCGUGGUUGCUGCAGUUGGCACGAUUUGUCCGGGAGGAAAGCCAGGCAAUGUUUGUGCCCCCUCUGCUGUGCGAAAUGAGCCAAGCGCACUGCUGGCUGCCGAGAUCAUCUGGGCGCUUUCUCGCGGCCCCGAUCAGAAGGAGGUUUGCACUGUGCACCUUUGGCCAGUCUCUCCUUUCGGCAUGUUCAGUGCCAACAUUUCGGUGCCCGCAAAUGCAUCCUUUGGCCCAGUGCCAUCGGUGAGUUUGUUCUGGGCACGGGCUGCGACCCCUCAGGUGCUAAACAGCUGCGAGGAAUGGCGGCGACAUCGUAUCCACUAUCGAGAUCCGGUGCUCCGAUCCACCCCGUUCGACGUCCUCGUCGCUGACCCUCGCCCGCCGACUGCCUUCAUCAAGUUCAAGCGCUUUCCUGCCUUCUUGCUGCCGGGUCAGCCAUUGCGGGUUGCACUUUUGCUCGAAACCUACACAGGCAUUCCUCUGCAGAACCAUGAUGUCAAGAUCGAGAUCUCAAAGACAGUGGAGGACGCGUUGCCGCUGCCGGCUCCGGAGAUGUCGCAAGCCGAGGAUCGCGGAGAAGACAGAAGCACAGAGUUUGCCAAAUCGACCAACGCAUCUGGCCUGUGGUCCCAGGAUGUGAUGUUUGGCCCACAGCGUGAAGUAUCUUGGAUCCCGAAGUUGGGAGACGAGCUUACUGUGAAGGCCUCCACGCGUGGACCAACAGGUGAGCUUCUGGUACAGUCGCAGAAGCUACCGGUCCGCUUGAGCCCAUACGAGGUGGACAUCAGGACUUCGGCAGGCGUUGGUGGCGCAGAGGGGCCCCUUCCAGGACAAGACUUCACGGCCUGGGUGGAGUUGAAGGCCGCCUUUCCUGACGAGAGCUGGAGCAUCGCAACAGGCCCAGAUGCUGCGAAAGUCUUCCUGGUCCCGGUUUCCGCAGAGGACGAGAAGACGGCGCGGAAUGGUGGCAGUUGCAUGGCCUGGGUGCAUGCCCAAGAGGAGAAGCAAGCCUUGACACCCGACAGGUUUGUGGAUGAAAGGAUUUGUCAGCAGCAGAUCUCCUUGAAGUCCCCGGCUGCUUGCCAGUUCAGGAUGCCGGCAGCUGAGAAGUACGUCCUCGUCGCCAAGAUUAAUGUGCAUGGCGAAGCCGGCAUGGAGCUCAUCUACGGCUGCACUUUCAUCGGGCAGACAAGCAGGGAUUGGAGGCGCCGGCCAGUGGGCUCGACAAACGUAUUCGAUCGCUUCGAGGUGAAAACAGAGAAGUCUUCGUACGAAAUCGGUGAGACCAUACAUUUGGAGGUGUGGAAUCCCUUGUUCGUGCAGUCACGACUGCUCAUCUUCUGGGGCGAACAGCCCGCUGUUGUCGAUGUCGAGAAUGUGACUGGCUAUCGCAAGGUGUCACUUGGCACGGUGAUGGAUCAGGAUUGCCCCAUGCGGGUGUGCCAGGCUUACGUCUUCGUCUGCAGCACGGAAGAUCCGAGCACCGUCUUGGAGCACGUUCCUCGCUCUAUUCACUAUCCCAAGGCUUCGCCAAUAUGGGCACUUCAGGAGGUGAAGUUCAACAUAUCCCGACCCCGCAACUCCCUGAAGGUUCAGGUGACCCCACAAGCUGCCAGCACAGCUCCCGGCAGCGACAUUGAGAUCGAGGUUCAAGUCGACCAGCGAGGGCAGGCAGAGGUGGCCGUGAUGGUGGUCGACAAGGCUUGGCUGGACCUUCGCCCGUCGAAGCUGCAGGAUCCCUUGAAGGCCUUUGAACCCAACGAAAUCGAAGCGCGGGGGCCAACGUGGCAUGUCGUGACUUCCUUGGAUGGCAUCUCUUCCGGAGAUGCCCUUCGGAAGGCCACCAAGAUUGUCCGACAACGACUCGAGGAGAACCCAUGGGUGGGCUUCCUGAGCUGGCCGAUAUCCUUGCGACGCACGGAUCAGUCAGAGCUCGAUGUUGACGACUACCUGGAGCGGUGGGGACAGGAGUUGACCGAGUUCCCCCAUCCCCCCAUGGUUGAAGAGUUCGCUUAUAGGAACGCCGGCGGGCCUUUGAUGAUGGCAAAGGGCAUGGUGGCGCCGAUGGCUCUAAUGGAGAGCGCCCCGGUUCCCGCUGGGGCAAAGGCUUUGGUGGGCGACGAUGCAUACGAUGCAGAAGCGGCGACAUCGGGAGCUUCAGGGGCCACUGCCGAGGGCACUGGAAAGCAGGUGGUGCUCCGCAAGCGAUUCGCCAAGUUGGUCGCCCUGAAUCGGGCGUUGCUUGAACCUGGCGUGAACUCCUGGAGGACAAGAGUUCGGCUGCCGCAGGACUUGUCCACGUACGUGAUUCGAGUGGUCGCCGUGUCACAUGAGGAAGGUGGAUUUUGGUCCUGGGGCUCGGCCGAGUCCUCCGUGCAGACCUCCCAGCUCGUGUAUGGAAAACCUCUGCUGCCAAGGAUCCUGCGCUUCAUGGACGUUUGCCGCAUGGGUGUGUCCGUCCAGGCUGUCAACGGCGACUCAUCUCGUCCUUUUCUCGUGGAAGCCGUCAAGGUGCAGAACCUUCGACUUUUAGAUGAGGCAUCCCAGAUGAUCACGAUGACCUCGACAUCUGCCGAGGUCCGCUUCACCUUUGCAUCCGACAUCUCCGUCGGUCCUGCAUAUGUUGUCUUCAACAUCAAGGAUGCCGAGACAAAGACGGUCCUAGACUCCGUUGCAGCAAACAUCGAUGUGGAGGUGCAGCAGCAGGGUUUUCGCAUGGCGUCAACCACGACCAUCCGGGCCGAUCCCUCGCAGGCCUCGGUGCGCAAGGAAUCCAUCGCUCCUUUAAGCGCUGUUCCAGGAUCGGGUGACAUGUCGUUUUCGGCAUCUGUUGGCUUUCAGGCUCCAAUUCUUGCAGCAAUACUGGAGUUGGCGCCGCGAUCCUACGAGCAGUGGCAGCCACUGGGGGAAGACAUCCUGGCUCUGCUGCUUGGUGGCCUCAUCAUUCGUGUCGGCUAUGGCCUCGAGGCUGCGCACGAAGGUCUUGCUCGUGCCAUAUCGGCUGCCGAAGACAGGCUGCCAAGACAAGUCGUCCCAGGGCUUGGCCUGGUGAAUGCGCCACCAGAGCAGCGCUCUUGGCGAGCAGGCGAGCAGCCUGAUCUGCUCCUGAACAGCCUGGCGCUGCUAACACUGCGGGCAGCCCAGGCUCUUGGUCUCGUCCCGGCCAGCUGGGCGCCUUUGGACGGAGGAGUUCUUCUGGAAGCUGCAUUGAAGGCUGUGGAGAAGCAAAGGAAGGAUUGGGCGAGGUGUUGCCAGCGAGACAUGACGCUGGUCAGCUACAUCGGUCAAUGGCAUUUGGCCAUGUUCUUCCUGGCACACCCUCCCGCACAAUCCAGGCAGGACCUUCAGCCUCUGUGGGAGGAGCUGCUCCGUGAAGCCAUCGAUGGUCCCAAAGGCAGUGAGCUUGACAUGUUGACACGCAUUGCCUCGGCGCAGCUGCGCCGCGGCCUGGUGCCGGCCUUUGGUGCCGACCGUCGCGCCUUUGUGACCGCAGAAGCCUUGCUGUCUCGAACACGAGUACAGGGUCCCACGGCCUACGUUGCUUCAGCAGAAGGCAGUAUGCACUCGGCCAGCCGGUGGGUCCAGUCGCUCGCACUGUGGCUCUGGUCUGGUUUGCCCUCGUAUGCUCAGAACACCAUGGUUCCGCUUGUGGCGACCCAGCUUCUCUCGGCUGACCGGAGCCCUUGGCAACGAAGCCUCCCGCCAAGGGAUCUGAUCAUGGUCUCGGUGAGCUUGCUGGCCUUCGAUUCUGCAACAGGUUCAUCGGUUGAGGCUGACAUUCCCCUGCAGAUCGUGACGCAAUCCCAAACUUUGCUCAAUGUCGAGCUCCGCUCGGCACCCCCGAAGCUGCUCACCGUUUGGACAGCUUGGCCCUGGAGUGAGCUUCCAGACACGCUUCCAAAGAGUGGCAUGGACCUGGAGAUCCAGGUCGGUGCAGGAAGCGGCCUGGCAAUUGUGAGCUACGCAAUGGACCUCAUACCGGUGAAGCCAUUUCUGGAGCCACAGUUCAAAGGCAUAAUGGUGCAGAAGAUUGUCCAGAAGUUGGACACUCGUGGCCGCUGCCAUGGACCGGCAGUUCACAUUGCCGAGCCCGGGCAGUUGCUGUGCGUCACCAUCCAGAUAACCUCCCCGGAUGAUCUGAAUGAGGUUGAGGUUGUGGACCUCGUACCGGCCGGCCUGGAACCCUUGGACGAAGCCUUGUCGGCUGCGGCCGCCGUGGCAGGCGAGGACGCAGGAGAUGACAACAGUGCAUUCGUUUGGGGCUUGCUCUUAGGCCGAUCCUGGAAGCGGACGGUGCGGAGAGACUUCGUGCGCUGGCGCAGCGCAUACAUGUGGGGCGGCACGCAUACCCUAUCCUUCAACUGCAUCGCAAAUGCACCAGGUGUCUACUCGCUUCCUUCGGCCAAAGCGCAUUCGGUGAAGUUUCCGGAGGUUAUGGGCUUCAGCGGUGCUGCCUCAUUCCUGGUCGAGGACACGGCAGAGAGUCCAAAUGCGGUGUCUGCCCCAAUGCUGCAGCAAUUUCGGCGAAAUGUAGGUGCCGCCUUUCAGGUGGAUCUGGGAUUGCUGGGCGCUUCCGAAGGAGUCGCAUCCAUGUUGCCAGUGGCAUGUCCUCAGGCCUGCCCUGCAGCUGGCAGCUGCAACUUAGCAAAAGGCAUCUGCGAGUGCGCUUCCUCUUCUGGGGAUCUGCUCCCAUGUGAGGAUUCCACGCAGGAGCCUGGGCCAGGGCCGCCAGGGCCUGGUCCCACUCAGAAGCCUUGGAGACACCAGGAGCCGCGUAUGCCACAUCUACCCGAAGGCCACGUAGAGGACCCGGAAGCCUUGGAUGCUUCCCACUCCCAAACAGUGGUGGUUGUGCUGCUCCUCGCCGUUGUGGCGGCUGGCGUCUAUUCCUACAUAACGAGAAUGAAGACUCCCAGGAACUUUGCACCUCCAGACAUGGAGUUGAGUUCAGAGCCGUUCGCUUCCCUGGAUGAGGACAUGACGGCACACGUUCGAUCACCUUUAACCGUGGAAGAGGGUUCCCGGCAACAUCUCGGUGGAGCUGGCGCCCUCGCAGCAACCGAGGCAGCGGAGUGA